AUGAUGGGGGGUGGAAUGGGUGGCGCCAGCAAAAAAGGUGCUGAUGAUGCGGCAGGUCCCCCAAAGAAGGCUCCAGGUGGUGGUGGUGGUGGUGGACCUCCCGGCGGUGGUGGUGCAUCCUCCGGCGGUGGCGGUGUAUCUUCCAGUGGUGGUGCAUCUUCCGGUGGUGUUGGUGCAUCUUCCGGCGGUGGUGGUGCAUCUUCCGGCGGUGUGGUUCCAGGGAGCGGUGAGGUGGCAGGCGGGGGGUGCGGAAAGUAUGCAAUUGUCAGUGCCAGAGGAACAGGCGAGAAGCAAAAGAAUCCUACGGGAUAUGCUGGCUUUAUCAAGGGUCUCAUGAAGCAAGUACCAGGAGGAGCCAAUUAUGAAGUUGUCUAUCCAGCCACAACCGAUUAUUUGAACGGACCGAAGCAAGGUGCAACUGAUGCGAUGAAAUAUAUCCAGGGACGGAAAACAAAUUGUCCUUCUCAGAAACUAGUUUUGCUCGGAUAUUCAGAGGGUGCAAUGGUAGUAGUUCAAUUGUUGGCCAAGCAAGAUUUUCCAGCAGAAUCUGUCUCUUCAGUAAUCAUGUAUGGUAAUCCUUAUUGGCAAGCAGGAAAAGCUUGGAAUUUCGGAACAGCUAAAUCUGGAAAAGGUGUCGCCUCCGCCACUGGAAUUAAGCUUCCUCCCGCUUUCGGACCAAGAACGCAAGAUAUCUGCUUGAAUGGUGAUAUUGUCUGCACCGGUUCUGGUGGAAUGGGAGCACAUCUCAAAUAUCCUGGAACUUCUUAUGAGAAAGAUGCAGUCACAUUCUCCGCUAAAAUGCUUGGUGGAGCUAGUCCACCCGCGGCUGGUGCAUCGGAUGUUGGAGGUGCCAGCUCGAGCAAAGUUCCUGGUGAGGGCAACGCUAUGGGUGGCAUGAAGAUGGGUGGCAUGAAGAUGGGUGGCAUGAGGCGAUGA